AUGGAUCCAAACGAUUACAUGAAUCCAUAUCGUCCCAUCUCUAGCUAUUUGAAUCUGUUGCAAAUUCAACCUGAUACCCAAAACCUCGAUUACUCUCCUUCUCUAAGUCCAUGUUCUGAAGCUCCAUCUUCACCUGCAUCCUCCCCACAAGAAAACCGCAAGUCAAGGCAAGCAUGGUUACCAACAGAUGAUACCAUGUUGGUCAGCGCUUGGCUCAACACUAGCAAGGAUCCGAUUACUUCCAACCAGCAAAGACUUGCAUCCUUUUGGGCAAGGAUUGUGAAAUACUUUACAUCCUGUCCGAAUGCUGUUGGUCGGCCAAAGAGAGAGGCGAGUCACCGUAAGCAGAGGUGGGGGAGGAUAAACGACUUGGUGUGCAAGUUUGUUGGAUGUUAUGAGGCUGUGACUAGGGAGAAGUCUAGUGGACAGAAUGAAGAUGAUGUGAUGAAGUUAGCACAUGAGAUAUACUUUAAUGAUCAUGGACAUAAGUUUACCUUGAAGCAUGCAUGGCUUGUCUUAAGAUACGAUCAAAAAUGGAUGCACACCAUCCGAUUGAUGUGGAUGAACCCAUUGCCCCGUCCUCCUGGUGUUAAGUCUGCCAAGGGGAAGUCCAAAAAAUGCUCUAACACCCAACCGAUUGAUGUGGAGGAAGAUGGGAAAGCUUACUUGGAGUUUCAGUUGGAUCGAGUUUCGAAGAUGUAUGAGAUGAAGCAGAAGGACUUUGAAUUGAAAGAGAAGGAGUUCGCUAUGAAGAAGGAGCAUAUCAAGCAUGUGAUGCUUGAAAAUCUGAUUGCUAAAUAG